AUGGUUAAGAUGUCUGUGAUGCAAAUUCAGCAAGCCAAAAGGCAACAAUGUUACCUUUGCGACUUGCCUCGAAUGCCGUGGGCUAUGGUUCACGAUUUUUCGGAAGCCGUAUGCAGAGGAUGUGUGAACUACGAGGGAGCCGAUAGGAUAGAGCUGGUGCUGGAUAAUGCCAGACAGAUGAAGAGAGCCCACGGGUUCCAGGAGCAAAGAGCGGGGCACAGCUCCAAGUCCCACAGAGGGUCCAGCAGUCACGAGCACCAGCAGAACGGGGAAGUGGUGGCCACCUCCAGCAGGCAGCAGGCCGCAGGAGCGCAUCAUUCCACCACGUACAAUUUGCACCAUAGACCUGGGAUGUUGGCCGAGUAUCAGCAGCCGCAGCCUCCGAGAGGCUCUUCCUCCAUGUCCCGAACCCAAAUAGAGGCGAGCACGGAGCACGAGGCCCUGGUGGCCCGUACGAACGUGAGGUUGCCGACCGCGGCCCAUUUGGCGGCGGCGGCGGCGGGGCACCAUCCCCUGCAACCGCACCACCACGCGGCCAACGGCAGACCAGGCACCAUCCCUCAACAGGGAAUUAAACGAGGAUUGAGCAGUGCAGAUGACGAUGACCAUCACGGGCAUCAUACAGGCCAUUCCAAUGGAGACGUGAACGGUGCUAAAAGAAUGAUGUCAGUAGAGGAGCACAGUAACGCGGUGAGACCGCCUCUCACCAGAGGCGAUUCUCUGCCAGCCGUCUCUUUAUCUCAGCCUUUCGUUGUCACCACCGACAGGACAUUCAAGCAGGAAAAGCACCCAAUCAGGACGGCAUCCUUCGAUGCAGGAACGGCCUUUAAACCGAACGCUCCAGUUACAAACGCCAACACUAACGGCACUAACUCUAGUUCGCCCCUGGCAAACAGCAGGACCGGCUCGCCUCCGGAAGCGAACCCUGCGGGCACCACCCAACAAAACCAGCCGACACCGGUUUCCGCGCAGAGCCCCAUGGCCGCUCUUAUGUCGGUGGCCGACAAUUUGCCGCCGGGCAGCCCGCGCUCCGCCGUCGGCAGCCCGCCUGGCAACGCCGCGCCACGUUCAGCGUCCAGAGGGUCGCAACACUCGCCUAACUCUACCGCAGGCUCGACAAGUGGCAGAAGAUCCUCUGGGUCGCGUCACGUUUCAUCCACGACCGUCACAUCUACGGAGGCGGGCGCCAUGAUCGGUCCCAACGUGGAGAACGGCGCCAACGGCGAAAGCGUCGCUACGACACCGGCCGCGUCGACCACCUUGAAGUGCACCCUUUGCCAGGAACGGCUCGAGGACACCCACUUUGUCCAAUGUCCGUCCAUCCCUCAGCACAAGUUCUGUUUUCCCUGCAGUCGGGAGAGCAUCAAGAGACAGGGGGCUGGCUCAGAGGUAUAUUGCCCAAGUGGCGAGAAAUGCCCGCUGGCCAAUUCGAACGUCCCCUGGGCGUUUAUGCAAGGCGAGAUAGCCACAAUCCUCGGAGAAGAGUAUAAAGUAAAGAAGGAAAGGGACACUUAA